CACCCGGCGCGCCGUGCAGCUGGAGGGAAGGUGGAGGGGAAGAAGGGGAAGAUCCGCCUCCUGCCUGGCAGCCCGGCGGCUGAGCGCGCUCCAUGCCGCUGCUCGGCGUCUCUGCCGUCAGCUUGUUUUGUUUUCCUCCCGAGACUGAAGGCCAAACAACCGAGCGGACUGCGGCGCCGAGCCGGGCUUGUGCGGCUGCUCUAGGAAGCGGCAACAGACCAGUGAUAGAAUGCUUGUCUAAUCUUCCCCCUGUGAUGCUCAUCUCCAAGUAAGGAUGGAUAUGUAAGGAUCACUUCCUUGGCACUGAACGUCACUGAACCUGCUGGAAUGUGUGCUGCUUUCUUUCCCAGUUAUUAAGAAGUGAGAGACUGAGAAGCGAAAAGCUGAACGAUGCCAUCUGAAGUGUGCCUCAGCAUUCAAGAUAUGCUGACUGGCCAGAGGCUCUGCCAGUCUAGCUCUCAUAAUGAUGCUGUCUUGACUGCUCUCAACCAGCAAAGAAGUGACGGAAUUCUCUGUGAUAUAACACUUGUUGCAGAGGAACAGAAAUUCCAUGCUCAUAAGGCGGUGCUCGCAGCAUGCAGCGACUACUUUAGAGCAAUGUUCAGUCUUUGUAUGGUUGAAAGUGGAGCAGAUGAAGUGAAUUUACAUGGCAUCACAAGCAUAGGCUUGAAGCAAGCUCUGGAAUUUGCAUAUACCGGGCAGAUUUUCUUGGAACCAGGAGUGAUCCCAGAUGUGCUUGCUGCUGGCAGUCAUCUUCAGUUGCUUGAGCUGCUUAGCUUGUGCUCUCACUAUCUCGUCCAGGAAUUGAAUAGUUUUAAUUACUUGGACCUGUACAAGCUUGCUGACCUGUUCAACCUCACAUUGCUGGAAAAAGCUGUGGUUGACUUUUUAGUGAAACAUCUCUCUGAACUGCUGAAGAGUCACCCUGAAGAAGUCUUGUCACUGCCAUACUGUCUCAUCCGAGAGGUCUUGAAGAGUGACCGACUCACGUCACUCAGCGAAGAGCAAAUCUGGCAGCUAGCAGUGAGGUGGUUAGAACACAACUGCCGCUAUCAGUACAUGGAUGAACUGCUCCAGUAUGUUCGGUUUGGACUUAUGGACGUAGACACUUUGCAUACUGUAGCCCUUUCUCACCCUCUUAUCCAAGCUAGUGAAACAGCAACAGGACUUAUCAAUGAGGCUUUGGCAUACCACCAGAGCAUCUACGCACAGCCAAUAUGGCAGACCAAAAGGACUAAACCUCGCUUUCAGUCGGACACGCUGUACAUCAUUGGUGGUAAAAAACGGGAGAUUUGCAAAGUUAAGGAACUCCGAUACUUCAAUCCAGUGGACCAAGAGAAUGUUCACAUAGCAGGGAUUGCAAACUGGAGUGAACUGGCUCCAAUGCCAACAGGACGAAGCCACCACUGUGUAGCUGUUAUGGGAGACUUUCUCUUUGUAGCAGGAGGUGAAGUUGAGCAUGCUACUGGUCGCACAUGUGCAGUACGAACAGCCUGCAGAUAUGAUCCUCGCAAUAAUUCCUGGGCUGAAAUAGCUCCAAUGAAGAAUUGCCGGGAACAUUUUGUGCUGGGAGCUGUGGAUGAGUAUCUCUAUGCAGUAGGUGGUAGAAAUGAACUCCGACAAGUUUUGCCUACUGUUGAGCGCUAUUGUCCCAAGAAGAACAAGUGGACUUUUGUUCAGUCCUUUGACAGAUCCCUUUCCUGCCAUGCAGGAUCUGUUGUGGAUGGUCUUCUGUGGAUAUCAGGAGGAGUAACAAAUACAGCACAAUAUCAGAACAGACUAAUGGUGUAUGAUCCCACACAAAAUAAAUGGCUAAGCCGCAGCCCCAUGUUGCAGAGGAGAGUGUACCAUUCCAUGGCUGCUGUUCAAAGAAAGCUGUAUGUUUUAGGAGGCAAUGACCUGGACUAUAACAAUGAUCGCAUUCUUGUACGACACAUAGACUCCUACAAUAUAGAUAGCGACCAGUGGACCCGCUGCAGCUUCAGUAUGUUAACAGGCCAAAAUGAAUCUGGAGUUGCUGUUCACAAUGGCAGAAUAUAUUUAGUUGGUGGCUACUCCAUUUGGACAAAUGAGCCUCUGGCAUGUAUUCAGGUGCUGGAUGUUAGCAGGGAAGGAAAAGAAGAAGUUUUCUAUGGGCCCACCUUGCCUUUUGCUUCUAAUGGAAUAGCAGCGUGCUUCCUUCCGGCUCCCUACUCCACCUGCCCAAACCUGCAGCCUUUGCAAGUGCCUCAUCACAAGAUUGGCAACAUUUGAGAAAGGAACAUGGCUGACAAGAGACCACAUUCCCUUUUGGCCUGAAUUUCACCUUCAAACCAACCAAAGGAAAGACUAAUGCAGAAUUCUUCCUUGUGUUACACUGUGGAGGAAAAUAAAAAUGCUAAACAAAAAGGACUGAAUUGUAACAAUGAAGCUUGAUUCUCCCUCUCAGCCGAUACUUCCAAGGGAGACUAUUAUCCAGGUAUUCUGGAAACAUUUACACAGCUUAUCUGGCCAGGACCUGCCACAUCUCUCCAUUUCCAAAGUGCUUUGCAAAAAUACAAUGCGUUGUAAUUUAGUAAGAACAUAUGCAAUUUAACAUCUUUGGAAAAAGGGAUGCUACAUUCAGAUUCACUUCCGCAAUUCGUUGAGUCUAAUGUUCGUGUGAAAGGAACCUAGAACAAAAUCUAACAAGCUUUUAACUGACCAUAUGUAUAUAUAUAAAAUGAACAGACUGCUUCUGUCUUUCUAGAACGAGGCUUUUUAAAUUCUAGGAUAGAACUGAAAGGAGACUAGAUUUCUCAAAAGGCAUGAAAAUACUUGGCAUUUUGUGUUUGUUGACUAGGCUUUGGUGAAUCAAAAAUCUUAAAAAUGUGAUCUCCAUGUAUUUUCAGUGUUUCUCAUCUGCACCUGUGAAAAGAGGUGCUUUUUAAGCUUCUGAACAACUUGGUGUUCCUCACUUUUGCCUCACAGGAGAGACAAGGUUAGCUGGAAUCACACUUCAUGUUUUUGCUGGACUUAGAAUAGGCAAAUAAGUGGAGCUGUUCACUGACAGAAUUGGGGACACAGGUGAAGGGAGAACAAAAGGCAAACUUUUGUGAUGUCUUGUAUAUUCUAGUUUUAAAGUGGUCAAGAUUAAUGUCUGCAUGUUGCAAAGAUGGAAUCAGAAUAUGAUUUACUUGCUUACGCUGAUUGGCAAUCACAGGGCAGUGCGCCUAGGGCUUUGCACUGAACCAUGAAUUAGUAAUGCAAGGGAUAAGAUUUAACUCCAGAACAUUCACUUGGCAAAAGCUGCGAAGAAAAACAGAAAGACAACUACUGCUCACCGUUUCAAGUAAGGGGACUUGUCACUUAAAAUGAUAACUGAUGGAACAUAGUGUAAAAGUGGUUCUAACAUUUGCAACAUUUAACAUCUUAACAUUUUAAAAAAUAUUUGUGUUGAAAUUCUAAAUUUGGUCAUUGUUCUGAAGCAUCAUUCAAGUAACACUUUUGAGUAUCUGUCCCUGGCCGUUUUCACUGAGUCUGAAUAUCCCUUUGUACUUGACGUUAGAAUUUUAUAGAACACUUUUGAAUUUGGGCUUUAUGAAAGUGGAGAGCAAUAUUUUCAUCUAGCUAUCUCAGUGUUUUAUAAUUCUGUUGCUAAAAGUCUCGCUGUUACUGAGAGGGGCUUUGGCAUCCGAUACCUUCCGCUAAGCAGGAAUAAGUUGACAAGCAGAACCCUGAAAAAGCAACUAAUAAGAAUGUGUUCAAAGUAGACUCAACAAGAAAUGCUUCCUAAAUGUAAGGAGAAAUGGGGAGUUUCGGCAGGGGCAACUAUCCUGCCUGCCAGUUUAUAAGAAGAAUCUAUUUGGAAUUUAAUAAGCCAUGUGGGUCCAAGAGUUUGCACUCCACAGCCUAAUGAACCACCCUUGAUGGGCAGCCCCUUCCAAAUCUGGAAGUGGCAGGAUGCAGAACUGCCCUGCUGCCUCCAGUAGGGCUUUCCAACAAUGCAGGGAGCUCAAGAAAACUCCAAAAUUCCCCGCUGCGAGAAAGCCCCAUAGGAUUUAAAAGACACAUGUUGCCAAAAGGGUGGUGUAUGUUUGAGGGCUGGUGCACUGCAUAACUGGCCCUAAACCUUGAGAAAAAGCCCACCAACGUUAGCCCAGAAAUGCCCCAGCCUGCCCCCCCCCCCCGCCUGCUGGCAGUUGAGGACACCAGUGUAGCCCUACCAAGGUCCGAACUUCCGGGUUAGGGAGCUGCAGGAUGUGUGGCCGCCAGUGCAUCUAUCUCCCUCUGCCAGGGUAAGUGCUCCAGAGAGGGCAAAUGCACUGGUGGAAAGCUGGACCGCUCUGUCAAGCCCUUUCAGCCCCACCCCUUUGAAUGGGGCUGAAAGCCAUCCAGUAUCUUGUUUCCCACAGUGGUAAGCCAGGUGUCCCAGAGAUCCCCACACACCCCAAAAAGGAAACAUUCUCAACAAAACAUAUUCAGUGGCAUAUUGCUUGGGGUGGGGAGUUUAGCCAUGGACAGAUGUUGUGCAUUAAUUUGCCAAGUUCCCCUUCAGCCAAUUAAGCUGGUGGCCAUUACUACAUGAAUUUUAUUAACUGUGAUAUAGUAUUUUAUCCUGUCGAUACUGAAUGAACUGCCUACCAAUUUCUUUGGAUUUUAGCACUGUGGGAGAAGGAAAUGGUUAUCCACUCUUCCCAUAUCCUACAUAGGCUUAAGCCUCUAUCAUGUUCCUCUUACCAUUUUUUCCCCUAAAGUAAAAUGUCUAAAUUCUACAAUACUGCUUUUGAGAUUUGAUGAUCAGAGCCGUACAAUUGUGGCUGGACAAUGGAUAUCAUGAUACUGGGUUUUAUACUCACUUUCCUACUAAUCCCUAGCAUAGGAAAGCUUUGCCUUUUUCACCUCUGUCACAUAAGGAGUUAAUGUUUUCAUUAAAAUAGCCAUCAUAUCCCCAAAAUGUGUUUUCUGGCUAUACUCUUUUCCACUGACAAAUUGAAGUACAGUUGUGUAUUCAUUCACCAUAUGCUGAACCUUCUUUGUUGUACAGUGCUCUGCUUGGGCCCUGGAGGCUACCUAGUUCUGCUCCUCCCCCCCCAUUCACUUUUGCAGUCCCUCCCCCCCAGAGGCUGGGCAUGGGGCACUGCACGGCUCUGCCAUGGUGUGGGGGCUGCCUAUAGGUGAAUUCCUCCAUCUGCGGAUGCCUAGGUGCUCCCUCUCGUCAUCCUGCUUUCCCUGCCUGACAAGCCUCAUUGCCGCUGCCUCCUGUCUCGGUGACCUGAAGAUUCCUCCCCUCACGGGUUCUUGCUUUCCCUGCUUGCUGUGCCUUGCUGCCAUUAUAUCGGCAAGGCAGCCUGAAGAUCCCCCCCCCCCCCCCCCCCGGAGGGUUCCUGCUCCCCCCUGCCCAUCAAGCCAUGUUUAAAUAUGAACAGAAUAAUGGUCUUGGCGAUGGCAGCACUUAAAAAUGAAUGAUAAUUUUCAUAAUCAUUCAGGACUAUUUUCUAAUGUAAAAGCAUGCUAUUUUCUCUUCCGCCACCCCACAACUGACAGCACUUUAAACUUCCAGUGGAAAACAGUUUAGUUGCCUCCAUUUCCCAUUCUAUUGUUCCCUCAUGCAGCUUGAAGAAACCUUUUUUUUUAAUCCAGAGCAGUUCAAUUUUGUUUUCACAAUCCUGAGUAGUUUGGGAUAAUCUGCAGGCAUCUUCUUUGGUGAAGAUCAAUGUUAAGAAUUCAGUUAAUUUUCAAAUUCAUUUAGAUUGUCUGUAAACUUUUAUAUUGCUUAACUCUUUUGCUGUCUGAUGCUGUGGCAGCCUCUUUCCCUGGUUUCCUGUUUCUGGAAUAUUUCAUCAUGUGGGUUUGGAUCCAGUAGAGACCAGGAACAGCAUUUUAGGAUGCGAAUAGUUCUUCAUAUCUGGACAGAUGUCCCAUCAUAAGAGUUUAUGCUGAAUAACAUUUGGCCAAGGAUUUUACAAAAUAUUAAGUGAGAACAGCCAAGACCAAGAAUACAUGAGUGGCCACAGAAGCAAGAUGCAUCUCAUAGCUAUCUUAGCUAUGUUUGCAUUAAAAAAAAUAUUUUGAAAGGCAUCGAACAUUAAUGGCUACAAGUCAACCAAAUACCUGAUUUUCUACUGCUACCAUCUAAUGUAAAAUACCACAUGAAACAGACAAACACAUCAUACACACAUGGUAGGAGGCUGAUAUUUUACAAGUGGUGGUCCCCUGAAUGUAAUCGUCUGAGAACUGAGAAUCUAGACAUUAAGAUUCCCAAGUUAUUGUAUAGCUCAGUACUCUACCCAUUUGAUGAAAGCCCAGUUCUCACAGCUCAAUUCUUGGUUUCCUUAAAGUAAACUUGUUUCAUUUCAAAGUGAUGGGGAAAAUGUGCUCACUCAUAAUUGAAAAUGUGCAGUUUCCUUCAUAUUCUGAACAAAAUUGAAGAUCACCCUAGUGACCAGGGAACAACUUCAUUUUUAUAACAUAGAGCUUUACAAACCAAGCUUCAAAAGGCUGUGCUAUGACAACUCUCAAGUUCAUACAAUGUGCCUCCAUUUAUAUUACAGGCAUAUGUACAGUUUAUAAUAAAAGGACUUACAAAAUUC